UACGCAAUGUUUCGUACAUUUAAAUUGUGUAAUUUCUUAGUUUUUCAAUUGAAAUGUUUGUGAUUAAGUAACAUAUAUCGAAACCAAACUUUUUGUCACUGCAUUAUUUGUACAAUUAUACAAAAUGAGUACAAAACCGAUUUUCUUAAAACCCGGAGAUAGCAUGUGGCAGGAGGAUAAACCUGAUAUAGAAGCACAUUCAUCUACACAAUUUGUAUACAAUGCGCAUCAUUCACUUGCACUCCAUAUGCAACGACAACGAUUACCUACCUUCAAAUACAAAAGUCACAUCAUUUAUCUAUUAGAAAAGUAUCAAACAUUAGUUUUAAUUGGAGAAACUGGAUGUGGAAAGAGUACACAACUUCCUCAGUAUCUUCUUGAAGCAGGAUGGUGCGCAGACGGUAAAAUGAUCGGUAUCACCGAACCAAGAAGGGUUGCAGCAACCUCUCUGGCUAAUCGUGUGGCUGAUGAACGGAACUGUGUGUUGGGCACAGAAGUCGGAUAUUCUAUACGUUUCGACAAUAGUACGGACGAAACGACGAGAAUAAAGUACAUGACGGAAGGAAUUCUGCUACGCGAAUUAAUGGCCGAUCCCUUGUUGACCAGUUAUUCCGUCAUCGUUAUAGACGAAGUACACGAAAGGACACUUCUCACCGACAUCAUCAUGGGACUCUUAAAGAAAAUUAUUCGGAAACGCAGGAGCCUAAAAAUCGUUGUUUGCUCCGCUACCGUUGACGCGGAACAACUUCGAGACUUCUUUAAUACGAACACUACGAAAGACGGAACCAAAGACACCGCGGUCAUACUGACCGUCGAGGGUCGUCUAUAUCCGGUCGACAUUUUGUUCGUGAAAGAACCAGUGGCGAAUUAUGUUACCAGCGUUGUGGACACAGCGUUGAAAAUUCAUGAGAACGAAGAACCCGGGGAUAUCUUAGCGUUUCUCACAGGUCUGGACGAAGUGGAUCAAGCAGUUUCCCUUUUAUCAGAGCAUGCGAAACUGAUACAAGAAGGCAAACAGAAACUUUUACCCCUGGCUAUGUAUGGAUCACUUCCAAACUCGGAACAACUGAAAGUAUUUUGGAGGGCAGCCAAGGACACUCGUAAAGUAAUCGUGGCAACGAACAUAGCCGAAACAUCUAUCACCAUUCCAAACAUCGUUUAUGUAAUCGAUUGCGGUUUUGUCAAAAUUCCCUGGUUUGAGGCGGAAACACAGACGAAUUCUCUGGUAAUUGUCCCCGUGUCGAAAGCUUCCGCUAACCAACGUGCCGGUCGAGCAGGUCGAGUACGAUCAGGAAAAGCGUAUAGAUUAUAUACAGAAGAGGCAUAUUCUGAAUUAUUUGAUGCAACACCACCGGAAAUGCAGCGUUCUGAUUUGGCACCAGCCAUUUUACAAUUGAAAGCACUAGGCAUCGAUAAUGUAUUAAGAUUUAAUUUCCCUUCUGCUCCACCGAGCAAAAAUCUUCUUACAGGAUUGGAGUUACUUUAUGCAUUAGGUGCAAUAGAUAGCAAUGGAGAAUUAACAACGCCAUUAGGUAUCACAAUGGCAGAAAUGCCAUUAGAGCCUGUUUUAGCAAAAUCUCUUAUAGUAUCAGGUGAAAUGGGAUGUUCCGAAGAGCUUACAAUUAUUCUAGCUAUGCUUCAAGUACAAAAUAUUUUUAUAAGACCAGCUGGAGGUCAGGCUGCUAUAAAGGCCAGAGUGGCACAUAGAAAAUUCGAAGUCGAAGAAGGGGAUCUUUUAACCAUGCUCAAUGUAUAUACUGCUUAUGAGAAAAAUAAGGUAUCUAGCUGGUGUCAGAAAAAUUUUCUGAAUUACAAAGCGUUACGACGGGCUACAGAAAUUCGACUCCAAAUGCACUCAAUGAUAAAAAGAUUAGACAUUCCAUUGGUUUCCUAUAAUGGAAACGUACAACAAAUUUUAAAGUGUUUGACCGCUGGGCUUUUCCCAAAAGCAGCAUAUUUACAUUAUACAGGAGUAUAUAAAACAGUACGUGGAAACAAGGAUUUAUACAUACACCCAAAUAGUUGUUUAUACACACUUCAACAACCACAGUGGUUACUUUUCUGUGAAGUUUUACAAACGAAUAAAACAUACAUGAAGGACAUAACUGUGAUACAACCAGAAUGGUUGCUGGAAUUAGCACCGCAUUUUUAUGAAAAAACAUCGCUAGAAUCUAUUUAA